AUGUGGAAGACAUGUCUUGCGAAUCUUGCCUCACUACUCGCCCUGGCCUCGGCUUCAUACUACGACGAAGCUGAGGCGGAGUGGAACUUGAACGUCAACAAAAAUGCCGCCAAUCCUCUCGAGUACAGUGUUCCCGACUGGCCUUCAGGCUUUGAGCACCAUUCAAGUCCCGACAAUUGGAGAUUCCCGUUUUACAGCUUCUUCCUAGACAGGUUCGUGAAUGGCGACCCAACGAACGACAACGCCAAUGGCACCAACUGGGAACAAGACUACAGGCAGACACAGCUGCGCCAUGGAGGAGAUAUCGUUGGAGUCCAGCAGUCUCUCGACUACCUCCAUGGCCUGGGCAUUAGAGGACUCUAUCUUGUCGGUAGCCCCAUGAUCAACUUGCCUUGGGAGGCCGAUGGCUACAGUCCCACCGACCUCACCAUUCUGGACCAUCACUUGGGUACGAUCGAAGAUUGGCGCACCGUGAUCCACGCGAUUCACGAUAGAGGCAUGUACGUCAUUCUCGACAACACUAUGGCUACAAUGUCGAAUCUUCUCGGCUUCGAAGGCUAUCUCAAUACCAGUGCCGACUGGUCUUUCACCGAGCACAAGACCCAAUAUACCUCGGACAAUGUCUACCGCGACUUCUACAUCGGCAAUGAAUAUCACGACGUCUGUCCUUACCCUUUCCCACGCUUCUGGGACCAAGGCGGCCACCAGAUCAUCGACAACAAUACCAAUGCCAUGGUUGGCUGCAUGGACAGCGAAUUUGACCAGUUUGGCGAUGUUGGUGCAUUUGGCGUCUACCCAGAGUGGCAGAAACAGCUUUCCAAAUUCAACGGCGUCCAAGAUCGCCUGCGAGAAUGGAGGCCCCAGGUCUUGGACAAGAUCAACCAUUUUUCCUGCAUGAUGAUCAAAGGCUUGGAUAUCGAUGGCUUCCGUAUCGACAAGGCCAUGCAAGUCACAGUCGACGCGCAAGGCAAUUGGUCUCACUUCCAGCGGGAGUGUGCAUCAUCCGUCGGCAAGACCAACUUCUUUAUUCCUGGAGAAAUUGUGAACGGUAAUGCUGAUGCAUCGAUCUACCUGGGGAGGGGCAAGGAACCGACCAUGCAGGUCUCCAAUACUACCAAAGCAAUGACCUCCAACGACACGCAAUACAUCCGCGAAAAUGGCCACCAAGCUCUCGACUCCGGCGCCUUCCAUUACUCGACAUACCGAGCACUCAUGCGAUUUUUGGGCCUCGACGGCAACCUGCUCGCAGCGAAUGACGCGCCGGUCAAUUUUGCAAAUCAAUGGCAGACUUUCGUUCAGACCAACGACCUCAAUAACGCUUAUACGGGUCAGUUCGAUCCCCGACACAUGUACGGAGUCUCCAAUCACGACGUGCUCAGGUGGCCUGGCUUGAUCAAUGGUACGGAGAGGCAGCUUCUCGGCGAUUUUGUGAUAUCUCUGCUCAUGCCAGGUAUUCCUAUGGUCAGCUGGGGAGAAGAACAAGCGUUUUACUUGCUGGACAACACCGCUAGCAACUAUAUCUUCGGACGUCAACCAAUGUCGUCCGCACAAGCAUGGCAACUGCACGGCUGCUACAAAGUCGGGAAUACGAAUCUCAAUCAGUGGCCUGUCAACAGCAGUCUGACUGGAUGCCAAGACGACUCCGUGAGCCUCGACCACAGAGACUCCACACAUCCGGUCUACACGGUCUUGAAGCAGAUGUUCGAGAUGCGGGACAAGUACCCCGUGCUGACUGAUGGAUUCGAGGUUCGGCAGCUCUCCAACCAGACUUUCAAUUACACCCUUCCCGGCUCAUUCGGAACUCCGACAGAGACGGGUCUCUGGAGUGUGUUAAGAGGACGAGUUGAGGCCAUCCAAGACCUCCGCGGAGAAGGCGUCUUUGGUAACCAAGCAGUCUGGUUAUUGUACUCCAAUUACAAUGGGUCCAGAGUCUACGAGUCCGACUGCAGCGGCGACGAUGCUAUAAUCUCUCCUUUUGAUGCCAAUACCACCGUCAAAAACCUCUUCUAUCCCUUCGACGAGUGGACACUGGACGAAUCUGCGCUCACGCUCAAUAUUGAAGGGUCGACCAAUCCGAACGGCUGCCUCUCACAAAUGAACAUGACCAAGUAUGGAUUCAAGGCGUUCGUGCCUAUUGCAAACUGGAGCGCACCGUCACCAGUCAUCACUGGCUUUUCUCCUGGCCACGAUGCCCGCAUUCUUUCCAACUCUUCAGAUGGUGAGCCUUCGUCCGUCGACGUCGAGCUACGCUUCUCUACCGAGAUGAGCUGCGCUUCUCUUGCACGGGCUCUGAGCAUCAAUUCAACCACAGGAGAAGGGCAGACAGGCAAUAUCGAUACCAACAACAUUGACUGCGCUCAGAUGGAGCCCGAAUUUGAAGCUUACUAUUAUGGACCAAGCCCAUCAACAUGGCGGGCUCGAUUCGCGCUAACCAAUCUCUACGAUGGUAUUCACAGAAUCAGUGUCAACAACGUGUCGAGUGAGAGCGGAGAUGUAUUCACCAACUCUGUUGAUCAUUUCAUGAUUCGGAUUGGCAAGGAGGACAACCCUAUGGUCUUUCCGACCACUACGAAUUACAGCACCUCACUUCUAUACAAGGAUGACACGUCCUCUAAGCGAGAUGUCUCGAUCACCACCUCUGGACUCAAGGUCAACCACAAAGCUCCAGGAGCCGACAAAUGGCGAUACUCCUUGUCAUUCGGUGCAGUGUGGUCAGAGUGGUACGACUAUACCCCUGGAAAUGCAUCGCUGGCGUCGCAGACUUGGAGAGGCGACAAGCAAGAGCAGAAGUGGACCGGCGAUCAUGUUCAGGUGCAAUACUGGUCUCGGUUGGCGGGGAGCAGUGCCCAUGUUGUUGAAGGCGAUCUCGCUGGAUCUGAUACUGUUCCACGUCGUUUUCCCCAUCUGUUCCUGCACGGUUCUUUCAAUCAGUAUGGUUUUGACGAUGGGCUUUCAAACACCAUGUUCCAACUUGACAAUGGCACCUGGGCAUUCGACUUUAUGACCGAAUGGCCAAGUCAAUUUCAAGUGAACGUCUGGGGCAUGGCCUCCAACGGCGAACCUGAUGUGUCGUUUGCGUUCGGCGACGUUGAUAACGACACCGUCCUCGACCGUAUCUCUCCAGUGUCAUUGCAGAAAGCUGUGGUCAAUAUCACCAAUCUUGGACCGCCCGCUCCUUCCCUUGCUUGGCGCAUUCUAUUCAACGAUGCCGACUUGAGAUAUUACCUGGUUCCUGUGGGCAAUCGGUACACUCAACUUGCUCUCUGGCUCCUACUGGGACUCAUUCCUGUCGCCACAGCUGCCGUUGGAGUUUGGGCGUACAUGCACUUCUUCUACGGAGUCAAGUUCAACCAAAUCGGACUCUCGGAGAAAAGAAGCAUUCUUCCUAUUGCUGCUGUUGGCAAGAUAUUCAAUCGCGAGAAGAUGAAUGAGAAGGAUAACGAUGCCGACACUGCGACACCAUCAACAACAGGCUCCUCUCCAGAUCUUCCCCAAACGGGCGUCAUUCGCAGCUCUACCUUCGGCGCCGGAGCAACCAUUGAUAGCAAGCGUCGUACAGUGCUUAUUGCUACCAUGGAAUACGACAUCUCUGAUUGGAACCUGAAGAUCAAGAUUGGCGGUCUCGGCGUCAUGGCACAAUUGAUGGGCAAAAAUCUCGAGCAUCAGGAUCUCAUCUGGGUGGUCCCAUGUGCUGGCGGUCUCGAUUAUCCGGUCGACACUCCUGGCCUUCCUAUUGACGUGACCAUUCUAGGCCGCACGUACGAGGUACAAGUACAGUACCACAAGUUGAACAACAUCACCUACAUGCUUCUUGACGCUCCUGUCUUCCGAAGACAGAACGCAAAAGAGCCAUACCCAGCUCGCAUGGACGACUUGGACAGCGCCAUCUACUACUCCGCCUGGAAUCAGUGUAUCGCCGAGGCUAUGCGUCGUUUCCCAAUCGAUCUUUACCACAUUAACGACUACCAUGGCACUGUCGCGCCUCUUUACUUGCUUCCGGACACCAUCCCCUGCGCAUUGUCGCUACACAAUGCUGAAUUCCAGGGAUUGUGGCCCAUGAGAAAUCCACGCGAGGUUGAGGAAAUAUGCUCGGUAUUCAACUUGCCACAGACUGUUGUGCAAAGAUAUGUGCAGUUCGGAGAAGUCUUCAACCUGCUCCAUGCCGGUGCAAGUAUUCUCCGUAUUCAUCAAAAGGGCUUUGGCGCUGUUGGAGUCAGCAAAAAGUAUGGCAAGCGGUCUUGGGCUCGAUACCCAAUCUUCUGGGGCUUGAAGAAGAUUGGUGCUUUGCCCAAUCCAGAUCCCUCUGAUGUUGCUGAGUGGGACAAGAGAUUGACAGCUCCAGAGGAAGUCCAAAUUGACCAAGCUUUCGAAAGUAGACGUGCCGGUCUGAAACGUCAGGCCCAGGAGUGGGCGGGUCUGGAUCAACGGGCUGACGCGGACCUGUUCGUCUUCGUGGGUCGAUGGUCGAUGCAGAAAGGUAUCGAUCUGAUCGCUGAUGUCUUUCCUGCCAUUUUGGAGCAAUACGAACAUGUGCAGCUCUUGUGCGUUGGUCCGACCAUCGACCUCUAUGGCAAGUUUGCAGCGCUGAAGUUGAACAAGAUGAUGCAGAAAUAUCCAGGUCGCGUCUACUCGAAGCCGGAGUUCACCGCCCUCCCACCAUUCAUAUUUAGCGGUGCUGAAUUUGCGCUCAUUCCUAGCAGAGACGAGCCUUUCGGUCUGGUCGCUGUCGAGUUCGGAAGGAAAGGAGCGCUCGGCGUUGGUUCACGUGUUGGCGGUCUCGGUCAAAUGCCUGGCUGGUGGUAUACGAUCGAGUCGUCUACGACCAAGCAUCAAAUGCACCAGUUUAAACUGGCGAUUGCCGGUGCACUCAAGUCGGAUUACGAGACUCGCGCCACAAUGAGGGCGCGUUCGGCCAAGCAGCGUUUCCCGGUCGCACAGUGGAAAGAGGACCUUGAGAUUCUCCAGUCGACCUGUAUCAAGAUACACAAAAAGCGCAUGGAGCACAUCACGGCGAGACGUAUGGGUCUUGAGGAUAAGAGUGGUACGUCGAGUGGCUGGAACACUCCUGGAUGGAUGACUCCGCGAAGUGGGUGGGCUACCCCUACUGGCAGUCGGCCAAAUACUCGUCCGUCCUCGCCAAAUCGGUCGGGAACGUCCACACCGACGGGCUCAAGAGGACCAUCGCUAUCUUUGGGCAUGCGACUCGGCCCAGGGCACAUUCCUGGAACACCAUCAACGCCAUCUGAGAGGUCAGGUCAAUCCCAGAGCUUGAACAACUCCCGACGCAACUCAUUCGACGACCAAUAUCCACGCCGACGACUGAGCGGCAUUCAAGACGAAGAGUACAUCACUCCCGAGGCUGCUGAAGAGUCCAAACGCCGCUCGCAGCUUGGAACCAUGACGAAUGAAUUCAACUUUGCUCUCCGUGAUGGCACCAUUCACAGCAAUCCUAGCCCGCCUGACGCCACAUAUUUCCCACCGGUGACCCCCAGCGGACUGGAUACUCCCAGUCGCCAGUCGUUCCCAUUCCUUGCACGUCCUCACACUCCGGUCAGGGACGAUUUGUCGAGCGUACCCCAAACUCCAUUGUCCACGGAGAAGGUAAUGGAUGAGAAGAAGAAGGACCAACCCCAAGAGCUCACGCCAUUCUUCACAGACCCGACUGGGCUGUAUUACAAGACGUUCGAGAAGAAGCUCGACACCCUCAAUGGCAAGAACUCCGAGGGAGCGCUUUGCAUCGAGGAGUAUCUUGAGAAGUCCGAAAAGCAGUGGUUCCAUCGACUGCACGAGGCAAAGAUGAGUCGGAACAACACUCCGAGUGCAUCUCGGGUUGCAACGCCUGCCGGAUCCAUUUAUGAGGGCGUUGAAACAGAUGAGUCUCUUGCGCAAUUCUUGCUUCCCGAGAACUACCAAGCACCGACUGGUCUCCGACGUCUGCUGGUGUACAAGCUGGGCGACUGGCCAGUGUAUACUCUAUUGCUUGCUCUCGGCCAGAUUCUCGCUGCCAACUCAUAUCAGAUCACGCUUAUAAGCGGACAGGUCGGACAGACUGCUGGUCAACUCUAUGCGAUCGCCUGCAUCUACCUCGGAACGACGCUGAUCUGGUGGUACCUCUUCCGACGUCUUGCAGCUUAUUGGGUCAUGAGCCUGCCGUGGGUGUUCUAUGGGCUCGCAUUUUGGUUUCUGGCCUUUGCGCCAUAUGCCUCGUCAAGCCUCUCGCGUGGAUGGGUGCAGAAUGUCGCCACAGGAUUCUAUGCCGCAGCCUCAUCGUCAGGUUCGCUCUUUUUCGCUCAGAAUUUUGGUUCGCUAGGCUCAGCACCAGUGAAGGACUGGGCGUUCAGGGCAUGUGCAAUCCAAGGAACGCAGCAGCUGUAUGUGGUCGGUCUUUGGGCUUGGGGUAACAAGCUCACCAGCCUGAACUCCAUGGGCAACUCUACCUCCCUUGGCUGGAAGAUGACAGCGAUCGGUGUACCGAUUGCGCUCUUCCUCUGGGCCGUUGGUCUGGUUCUUUUCUUCGGCCUGCCUGAUUUCUACCGCCAGAAGCCCGGCGCUGUACCUGACUUCUACUCAUCGAUAUUCCGCAGGAAGAUUAUCGUCUGGUUCCUGGUCGCUGUGUUCGUCCAGAACAUCUUCCUUUCAGCUCCGUUCGGUCGCAACUGGUCCUAUCUUUGGAGUUCAAAACACGCUCCGGGAUGGUCGAUUGUCCUCCUGAUCCUCCUUUUCUUCGUGGUAGUCUGGGCCGGCGUGCUAUUCUUCUUUGGCCACCUCUCCACAACACACAGCUGGUUUAUCCCGAUCUUCGCUAUUGGCCUCGGAGCACCCAGAUGGUGUCAGAUUCUGUGGUCAUGCUCGAAUAUUGGCCAAUAUCUCCCGUGGGCUGGCGGACCUGUCGCUUCUGCAAUAUUAGGCAGGGUGCUCUGGUGCUGGCUCGGCGUUCUGGAUUCCAUUCAAGGGAUUGGGUUCGGCAUGAUCCUUCUUCAGACAAUGGUCCGCUUUCACUGCUCGUUUGUCUUGAUGGCAGGCCAAUGCAUUGGUGCCAUCGCGACCAUCAUUGCAAGAGCAGACGGCCUCAACAGUACAGGGCCUGGACCCACGUUUCCUAACUUCGCAGGCGGCUGGUCCGACGGCCUCUCACAACCUUGGUUCUGGAUAUGUUUGCUUUUCCAACUCGGCAUUUGCGUUGGCUUCUUCACAUUUUUCCGCAAGGAGCAACUGACGAAGCCAUGA